AUGAUGAUUCGAAGGCAAUGAAAACACAAGACAAAGGGUAAAAAGGGAACUUCCAAAGUAAAAAAGACAAAGGACCAGUAGUGGGUAGUCUUUGCUUUGUUACAUUGAACCAGUGGUUGUCUUAGGUUGGGAUUGUCCUUAAAUACUCGAAGCUCGUCACUUUCAUAAUUUUCUUCAACUUUGCUCUCUAGAAAUUUAGAAACCUCAAAAAUCUCCUAAAAGCUUCUAAAUUAAAAAUCUCAACAAUGGUGGAUUCUGUUUCCAUAAGCUCUGAUUCUUUUGAAACAAAUAAAUCUCCACCUCUCGACCAAAAAAAAAAUGAACAGAAAUCUCCACCUCCUGAAUCAUCAAGCCAAAAGAAGAUUAUGAUCAAGGUCAAGAGCCAACAGGACGGAGGAGAGGAUCUGUACAAGAUUGGUGAGAAUGCACCUCUAAAGAAACUAAUGACUGCUUACUGCGUGAAGAAGAAUUUAGAUCGAAGUACUGUCAGAUUCAUCUUUAAGAAAAAGGGUCUCAAACCACGACAUACUCCUUCUCAGCUAAAGAUGGAAGAUAACGAUAUCAUUGAUAUAGUCACGGAACAAGGCGGUGGCGGUCCUUACACCGCUUGAUGUCGCCGGAGUUUCAAGUCUCCAGAAUAAGAAAAGAAAAUUUUAGUUAUUGUUGCACCUUAUGUCUGUCUGAACGCUUGUUGUCCAGUUGAUUUUAAUUCGUGAUAUUAAUAUAAUUUCUAUGUGAUUUACAAAA